GUAACACAACAACAGAUUUUGAUGCGCAGCAAUUUUGUGUUGUGUAAUUGAAAAUUAUAAGGAACACGUCUUCCAAAUUUUAAAUUCUGUGAAAAAGGAAUGUCUGAGUCUGAAAGGGGUUUUUCUUUUUCUUUGCAUUUUUUGUUUUAGAAACUGUACCUUCGAGUUUCAGAAUCCCAAUGAUAAUGUCAACUCGCUUAUUCCUUUGUUACGAUAUGGCAAACAAGAGUGUAUGUUAAUUUUAAAAAACAAACACCUUCCUAUUUCAAAUGCUCCUCUUUUUCAAAGCUACAUAAAGCAUUUAAACUCUCUUCCAAAUUCAGCUACCUAAAGGGAAAGGUCAAAACCAAAUCUCUACACCGACUCUUGUUUAAACUUGAGCAACUAUUUUUUUUUCCUUUCUAGAUGGAUUGAAGUAUUCAAUUAUGAGAAUCUUCAAUCAUACACACUGUAUCCAGCUUAUUUUGCUGGGUUGCUUCUCUGUUUUAUGAUGAGCUGAAUCUUGAGUUCCAGAAGGGAUUUUUCAAUUGUAUAAUGCGAUGGUACAAAAAAUUUAAAUGGAUAAAACCUAAUUCAAUGAUUAGAUUUAAACCACAGAAGUCAAAUGGAGGAGCUUUAGAAUAAUCAAGAACCCCAGAUUACUUCUCCAUUAAUUUAGGUGAUUAGUGGAUUGAAGGGCAAGUUUCCUUUUGUGUUUGUGAUGGAAUGGAGUGAGAUUGCACAUAUGCUGAGCUGUAUCAGUUUCACAUGGAUUAGGCUUUUUUAUUUAUAUAUAUAUAGCUCAAUUACCAAUGGCUUCAUCUUCUUCUCUUACUUCAUUAAUUCAUGUGGGAAUUAAUGGCUAUCCAACAGGAUCAAUCUGAAGCAAUCUUGGAGAAUGUUUGGGCAAAUUAUAUUGGUGAAAAGGGAUUGGAUGGGAAUGGAGCAACAAAAAGUGUUUCGGGAUCAAACAAAACUUGGACAGAGCUACCAAGUCUUUGUUAUAGAAAUGGAUCCAUGGAGGUUCUUGAAAGGCUACCAAGUCUUGGAAGAUGGGUAUCCAUGGGAGCUGAAGCAUGGGAGGAGCUUCUUGAUGGGAUUGUUCCUAUUAACAAUACAGAGCAAUCUGUUCAUGAGGAUUUGAAGAACACCCCAACUAGUCAUUCUGGUUUCGAUGUUAAUACAAGAAGGGCGGAAAAGGUAGUACCGACAAAACACUACCGUGGUGUAAGGAGACGACCAUGGGGGAAAUAUGCCGCGGAAAUUCGAGAUUCGUCGAGGAAGGGUGCUCGAGUUUGGCUUGGGACAUUCAACACAGCAGAAGAAGCUGCACUGGCUUAUGACAAAGCUGCACUGAGAAUUAGAGGUCCAAAGGCACAUCUUAAUUUCCCUAUUGAGACUGUUACUGAGGCUAUGGGAAUCCACUUGUCAACAAGGAAUGAUCAUUUGAAUAAUCUCAUGCCUUCUUCUUUUCAAGGGCAUGACUCUAGCAGCCAUGGAGAUUCGUCAAUCACGGGUAAACGAUCAACACGGGAAUGGGAAGACAAUUUCGAUUUCAACAUCAUGGAGUUUGAACAGCCAAUGUUGAAGAGAAAGACCAGCAUCAAUAACAUGUUCUAUAACGAUUUCGACGUGUUUGAGUUUCAAGACUUGGGGAGUGGUUAUUUAGAUAACUUGUUGUCUUCUUUAUGAUAUAUGAUAUUGUCCAAAAACUUCAACAUAUGGGAUUGGUAACGGCAAGGUUUUGUCACUAAAGAAACCAGCAGAGAAGGAAACAAAAGAAACAAAAUCCCUCAGAAAACAUAUAUCAAUUUGUGAUUCAUUAUUGUCGUUAUGACAACCAUCAUUCACUUUUAAUCUAAUAUGGUUGAUUGAA